GCGCAGCGCUGGGAAAGAUGGCGGUGGUGGGCAACGCGGUUCCUUGCGGAGCCCGGCCUGGCGGGGCCCGGGACAACGGGUCUCCUCAGCCUGGGUCGCGAUUGCGGCCGGGCCUAGCUGCCGGGCCAGCACUCAUAGCGAACGGCGACGAACUGGUGGCCGCCGUGUGGCCGUACCGGCGGCUGGCGCUUCUGCGGCGCCUCACCGUGCUGCCGUUUGCCGGGCUGCUGUACCCAGCCUGGCUGGGCGCCGCCGCCAGCGGUUGCUGGGGAUGGGGCAGCAGCUGGACCCAGAUACCCGAGGCCGCGCUGCUGGCGCUCGCCACCAUCUGCCUCGCGCACGCACUCACUGUCCUGUCGGGGCAUUGGUCUGUGCACGCGCACUGCGCGCUCACCUGCACCCCGGAGUAUGAUCCCAACAAAGUAACCUUUGUGAAGGUGGUGCCAACCCCCAACAAUGGCUCCACUGAGCUUGUGGCCCUGCACCGUGACAAGGGUGAAGAUGGGCUGGAGGUGCUGUCAUUUGAAUUCCAGAAGAUCAAAUAUUCCUAUGAUGCCCUGGAGAAAAAGCAGUUCCUUCCGGUGGCCUUCCCAGUGGGGAAUGCCUUCUCUUACUAUCAAAGCAACAGAGGCUUCCAGGAAGACUCAGAGAUCCGAGCUGCAGAGAAGAAGUUUGGAAGCAACAAGGCUGAGAUGGUAGUGCCCGACUUCUCUGAGCUUUUCAAGGAGAGAGCCACAGCCCCUUUCUUCGUGUUUCAGGUAUUCUGCGUUGGGCUCUGGUGCCUGGACGAGUAUUGGUACUACAGUGUCUUCACUCUGUCCAUGCUGGUGGCUUUCGAAGCUUCCCUAGUGCAGCAGCAGAUGAGGAACAUGUCAGAGAUCCGAAAGAUGGGCAACAAGCCCCAUAUGAUACAGGUCUACCGCAGCCGAAAGUGGAGGCCUGUCGCCAGUGAUGACAUUGUUCCUGGGGACAUCGUGUCUAUCGGCCGCUCACCCCAGGAGAACUUGGUGCCCUGUGAUGUACUGCUGCUACGGGGCCGCUGCAUUGUAGACGAGGCCAUGCUCACUGGGGAAUCUGUGCCACAAAUGAAGGAGCCCAUUGAAGACCUGAGCCCAGACCGUGUCCUAGACCUGCAGGCCGAUGCUCGGCUGCAUGUCAUCUUUGGGGGCACCAAGGUGGUACAGCACAUUCCCCCGCAGAAGGCCACCUCGGGCCUGAAGCGUAGCGGUCGACAAUGGAUGUGUGGCCUUUGUCCUGAGAACUGGGUUCAACACAUCCCAGGGCAGACUACUGCGUACAAUUCUCUUUGGGGUAAAGAGGGUCACUGCAAACAACUUGGAGACCUUUAUCUUCAUCCUCUUCCUCCUGGUCUUCGCCAUUGCUGCAGCUGCGUAUGUGUGGGUUGAAGGUAAGCGCCCUGAAAGCUCCUGUUCUGAAGCCUCAUCCCUGCCCCAGGCUGCCAGGCCCUGUUUCCACAGGGACCAAGGACCCCAGCCGGAACCGUUACAAGCUCUUUCUGGAGUGCACCCUCAUCCUCACCUCUGUUGUACCCCCUGAACUGCCCAUUGAACUGUCUCUGGCUGUCAACACCUCCCUCAUCGCCUUGGCCAAGCUCUACAUGUACUGCACAGAGCCUUUCCGGAUCCCCUUCGCUGGCAAGGUUGAAGUGUGUUGCUUUGACAAGACGGGUACCUUGACCAGUGACAGCCUGGUGGUGCGAGGCGUGGCAGGGCUGAGAGAUGGGAAAGAGGUGACCCCAGUGUCCAGCAUUCCCAUAGAAACACACCGGGCCCUGGCCUCCUGCCACUCGCUCAUGCAGCUGGAUGACGGCACCCUAGUGGGUGACCCUCUGGAAAAGGCCAUGCUGACAGCUGUGGACUGGACACUGACCAAAGAUGAGAAAGUAUUCCCCCGAAGUAUUAAAACUCAGGGGCUGAAAAUUCACCAGCGCUUUCAUUUUGCCAGUGCCCUAAAGCGAAUGUCUGUGCUCGCCUCCUACGAGAAGCUUGGCUCCACUGACCUCUGCUACAUCGCGGCUGUGAAGGGGGCCCCCGAAACCCUGCACUCUAUGUUUUCUCAGUGCCCACCUGACUACCACCACAUCCACACUGAGAUCUCUCGGGAAGGAGCCCGUGUCCUGGCUCUGGGAUACAAGGAGCUAGGACAUCUCACACAUCAGCAGGCCCGGGAGAUCAAGCGGGAGGCACUGGAGUGCAGCCUCAAGUUUGUGGGCUUCAUCGUGGUCUCCUGUCCCCUCAAAGCUGACUCCAAGGCUGUGAUCCGAGAGAUCCAGAAUGCAUCCCACAGGGUGGUCAUGAUCACAGGAGACAACCCCCUCACUGCAUGCCAUGUAGCUCAGGAGCUGCACUUCAUUGACAAAGCCCACACGCUCAUCUUGCAUCCUCCCUCGGAGAAAGGCCAGCCAUGUGAGUGGCGCUCCAUUGAUAGCAGCAUCGUUCUGCCUCUCACCCUGGGCUCCCCCAAGGCACUGGCCCUGGAGCACGCGCUAUGCCUCACAGGCGAUGGCUUGGCUCACCUGCAGGCUGUGGACCCCCAGCAGCUGCUCUGCCUCAUCCCUCAUGUGCAGGUGUUUGCCCGUGUAGCCCCUAAGCAGAAGGAAUUUGUCAUCACUAGCCUGAAGGAGCUGGGUUAUGUGACCCUUAUGUGUGGAGAUGGCACCAACGAUGUGGGCGCACUGAAGCACGCUGAUGUGGGUGUAGCACUCCUGGCCAAUGCCCCUGAGAGGGUUGUAGAACGGCGGCGACGGCCAAGGGACAGCCCUGUCCUGAGCAACAGUGGCCCCAGAGUCUCCAGGUCCACCAAACAGAAGUCGGCACUCCUCUCUCCUGAGGAGCCACCAGCUUCCCACAGGGACCGCCUGAGCCAGGUGCUGCGGGACCUGGAGGAGGAGAGCACCCCCAUCGUGAAGCUGGGGGAUGCCAGCAUCGCAGCACCCUUCACCUCCAAGCUGUCCUCCAUCCAGUGCAUCUGCCACGUGAUCAAGCAGGGCCGGUGCACAUUGGUGACGACGCUGCAGAUGUUCAAGAUCCUGGCCCUCAAUGCCCUCAUCCUGGCAUACAGCCAAAGUGUCCUCUACCUGGAGGGUGUCAAGUUCAGUGACUUCCAGGCCACACUGCAGGGGCUGCUGCUGGCCGGCUGCUUCCUCUUCAUCUCCCGCUCCAAGCCUCUCAAGACUCUUUCCCGAGAGCGGCCCCUACCCAACAUCUUCAACCUGUACACCAUCCUUACGGUGAUGCUGCAAUUCUCUGUCCACUUCCUGAGCCUGGUCUACCUGUACCGUGAGGCCCAGGCACGCAGCCCUGAGAAGCAGGAGCAGUUUGUAGACCUGUACAAGGAGUUUGAGCCGAGCCUGGUCAACAGCACUGUGUACAUCAUGGCCAUGGCCAUGCAGAUGGCCACCUUCGCCAUCAACUACAAGGGCCCACCCUUCAUGGAGAGCCUGCCUGAGAACAAGCCCCUGGUGUGGAGUCUGGCAGUGUCACUGCUGGCCAUCAUUGGCUUGCUCCUUGGUUCCUCACCUGACUUCAACAGCCAGUUUGGCCUUGUGGACAUCCCUGUAGAGGUGAGUGGUUCUGAGCAGUGGCCCUGGCCCAGCCUGGCCCAGCUCAGCCACAGACCCAGCUCAGCCUGCUUCCUUCUUGACAGUUCAAGCUGGUCAUCGGCCAGGUCCUGGCCCUGGACUUCUGCCUGGCACUCCUGGCUGACCGUGUCCUACAGUUCUUUUUGGGGACUCCGAAGCUGAGAGUGCCUUCCUGAGAAGAUGGUGCUGGUAUCCACUGCCUACCCUGGCUGCCACUGAACAGGAAAACCGCCGCUGCCCCAGGAGGGAGCACUGCUCCCAUCUCCACAGUGAGGCAGCCCUGCCUUGCUCUUGGAAGACUGAGUUGGGACCCUUGUGGGCAUCCGCUGGCCGGGCUAGUAGAAGAGUCCUGGCUAGCACCUUUGGUAAAUAAAUCGGCGUCUGCAAUUUUAUAAA